AUGCCUCUCUCCACCUCCGCCUUCUCUCCUGAGGACACUCCUCGAUUCGAUCACUUCCCCUCCCGCCGCUCCGUCGUCCACAGCACGAAAGGCAUCGUAUCUUCCACACAACCACUGGCGUCACAAUGCGGUCUCGCAGUGCUUCGCAUAGGCGGGAACUGCGCCGAUGCUGCCGUCGCGGUAGCAGCUGGACUCAACAUGACUGAGCCGGGCAGCACAGGCAUUGGCGGAGACAUGUUCUGCUUGUUCUACGAAGCGAAGACCAAGAAGGUGCAUGCGCUCAACGGCAGCGGGAGGUCGGGCAAGAACUGCACACUGGAAGCUGUGAGGAAGAGUCUUGGGAUUAAGGAGGGGGAGAAAGGCGGUAUACCCAUGGACAGCGCGCAUGCGGUCACUGUUCCCGGAGCGCCUGCUGGAUGGGUGGACACGGUUGAGCGGUUCGGGAGCGGCAAGGUUAGCAUGGAGGAGAUACUGGCGCCGGCGAUAGAGUUGGGUGAGGAGGGGUUCCCGGUCAGCGAGCUCAUGGGGUAUCAGUGGAGCGCUUCUGAGGCGAUGAUCAAGAGAGCGUCGCCGAAUGGCGCGGAGAUGCUGAAGCGUGAUCCCGAUGCGAAGGAUGGGUGUCGAGCACCGCGCCCGGGCGAGAUCAUGAAGAACCCGAACUUGGCCAAGACGUUUCGAACAGUUGCGAAGGAGGGCAAGGCUGGCUUCUACAGUGGCAGGAUUGCGGAGGAGCUUGUUAAAGUUGUGUCGGACCUUGGUUCGCAUCUGACGCUGGAUGACUUGAAGCACCAUAUGGAGGUUGGGACGGAGACGACUGAACCGAUCAGCUUCAAGUUCAAUGCCCAAGAUGUUGGCAAGUCGCAUGGCAAGCACAUGGACGGCUCGAGCUCAGAAGGAGUCGAGCUUUGGGAGCACCCACCCAACGGCCAGGGCAUCGUUGCGCUGAUGGCGUUGGGCAUAAUCGAGCAGCUGGAAAAGAGCGGCAAGAUCCCCAAGUUCGGCCCACAAGACCACAACUCCGCAGAAUACCUCCACAUCGUCGUCGAAGCCCUCCGCAUAGCCUUCGCAGACGGCAACUGGUGGAUCGCCGACCCCAACGUCUCCAAAGUGCCCACAAAAGGCAUGCUGAGCCCCGAAUACCUCGCCGAGCGCGCAAAACUCUUCAACCCAGCCCAAGCCUCCGAACCCCCUUCCCACGGUAGCCCCGCGCACAACCACAGCGACACCGUCUACUUCGCCUGCACGGACAAUGAAGGCAACGGCAUCAGCUUCAUCAACAGCAACUACGCCGGCUUCGGCACGUGCAUCAUCCCGAAGGGCUGCGGUUUCACGCUGCAGAACCGCGGAGCCAAUUUCAACUUACAACCGUCUGACCACCCGAACAUUCUGGCCCCGAGGAAGAGGCCUUACCACACUAUCAUCCCCGCCCUGGUGACGAAUGCGAGUGAUCAGAGCUUACACUCCGUCUACGGCGUCAUGGGCGGUUUCAUGCAGCCGCAGGGCCACGUGCAGGUGCUGCUCAACCAGCUCGUGUUCAAACACACGCCGCAAGCGGCUCUCGACGCCCCGCGCGUGUGUAUCGGAGCCGGGAUGCCGGAUGAAGGGGACGUGAUGGAUAGGACGGUGUAUCUUGAGGCUGGUAUGCCGGAGGAGACGGUCAAGGGGAUGGAGAAGCUGGGGCAUCAGGUGAAGGUUGUGAGUGGGAUGGGUAGGGCGUUGUUUGGACGCGGGCAGGUUAUUAGGUGGCAUGUUGAUCCGGUUGAAAAGGCUGGGGUGUGGAGUGGUGGGAGCGAUCAGAGGGGUGAUGGGGCUGCGGUGCCGCAGUAG